AUGGAAGCCAGGAAUCAAACAGACGUGGGGUUCAUUCUACUGGGCUUGUCAGAUGACCCAGACCUUCAGCCCGUCCUCUUCUGCCUCUUCCUAUCUAUGUACCUGGUCACCAUCAUGGGGAACCUGCUCAUCCUCCUGGCAGUGGUCUUGGACCCUCACCUGCACACCCCCAUGUACUUCUUCCUCUCCCACCUCUCUUUCACCGACAUCUGCAUCAGCACAUGCACCAUCCCCAAGAUGCUGGCGAACAUCCGCGCCCAGACGCAGAGCAUUUCGUAUCUGAGCUGUCUCACCCAGAUUGGCUCAGUAUUCACUUUAGGUGCAUUUGAGAACUUUCUCCUAGCCGCCAUGGCCUAUGACCGCUAUGUGGCCAUCUGCCACCCACUGAGGUACUCGGCCAUCAUGAACCCCCGAUUCUGCGGCCUGCUGGUUGGGGUCUCUCUGCUCCUGAGCAUCGGGGAUGCCUUGCUCCACACCCUGCUGGUGUUGCCCCUCUCCUUCUGCUCAGAUCUGGAGAUCCCCCACUUCUUCUGCGAAUUCUCUCAGGUCAUCAAGCUGGCGUGUUCCGACACCCUCACCAACAACGUCCUGUUCUAUUUCAUGACUUGCCUAUUCGGUGGGGUCCCUGUGUCUGGCAUAAUUUUCUCCUACACUCAGAUCAUCUCCUCUGUGUGGAAGAUCCCAUCGGUGGGGGGCAAGUUUAAGGUGUUUUCCACGUGUGGGCCUCACCUCGCAGUGGUCUCCCUGUUCUAUGGGACGGCGUUUGGGGUGUACAUCACCUCCGCUGUCCUGGAGUCUUCUACAAAGACAGCUGUGGCUUCGGUGAUGUACAUUAUAGUCCCACAAAUGAUGAACCCCUUUAUUUACAGCCUGAGAAACAAGGACAUGAAGGGAGCCUUGAGGAAGCUCACCAGAAGGAGGACUUUCUCGUGA